CAAAUUCUAUUCUGUACAGGGAAUAACUUAAGCGUUUACCCGGAUUCUCCUAAAAAUGGUACAAGAGUUUUUCAAACAGAUCUAGUCGUUUGUUAAGAUGAUUGUUUGAAAAAACUUUCAAUUGUUCAAAAGGGGUCAGAACAUUUUCUAAUCGAUUCAAACCGGUCGAGAGAAUUCUGAUUAAUCCGUGGUAGUGAAUGUAUCGGCAAACCCACAGUUCCCAGACUUCAGUUGCAGCUAAGCGCGCUUCCUCUACUAAGCAUACAAAUUCUACUGAGCGACACUACUCAACUAUCUCUAAAAUUUUAGUUUCAGGUGAGACUUUCUCGUAGAGCUGUAGCUAGAUUCAGUUGAAAAUUUCCUCUCGAGAGUGAAGAACAGAUGACGAGGGACGAGUUGUCCUAGACUUCCCACAAAAUCUAUCUGUGCACUACUGAUUUGAAUUCGAGAUAAUUUCAAUAUUAUUCAAGUGGCAAUGUUUCAAAACUAUUCAAUCACAACCGUGAUCCUUAUUCUUUUAGUUGUCAACAAAAGUUUGGAGCAGGAUGAAGCUGUUGUACCAUCAGAAAAUAACGAAAUAACACCAGCAAAUACACAACAGAAUACUCCCAAGCCACAAACUUCAGUUCCGAUCCUAGUGCAAACGACGUCACCUCCACAGCCGCUGAUCAGGUACCCGUGCUCGUGCGGGGGCGGGCAGUGCGGCUGCUGCACCGGGAACGUGCUUCCCAUUGGCCAGAUCGCAUGCACCAAUGUCACCUACGACCCUGACGAAUUCAAAUUCCACCUCAAGAUGUAUUUCAACGAGAGAAUCGUCUAUCAAACGUCCAUGUCAGGUCAGAACCCGCGUCCGGUGUGCGUGCCAAUUCGGGCGCUCAAUUUCAAAUUCUGCGCGCGCAUGCACAACGUGUACAUGGUGGGCCGAAACGUGCACGCGUGCAUGUCGGUGGACGGCCAGUGGCGCUCGCAAGAGCUGUUCAACUACCACUUCGACUGCUUCCGCAUCGGCAGCGGCGGAGUGGCCUUCGUCAAGCCCGAGGAUGGCGGCGGUCUGCCUCCGCCUCCUGAGGAGGAUGUGCUCAAGCCCGGGGAGGAGGACUACGAUGACACCGCCAGGCGAUUCGCUCAGCUCAACAGCUGAAUAAAAACAUUCACAUCGUCCACCAAAAAUUGGGUUCGGAAGCAAUUAGAACUGGUUAAAAAUGAUUGAAUGUGAUGUUAGAGUGGACACUGAUUGCAGAUUGUUUCAAGAUCCAGAUUUAUUAGCAUUGAUUCCUUUUAUUAUCAAUUGAUUGCUCGGGGUCCAUGUUGACUUCCAAUUCAAAUAAGCUGCUAUUGAUAACAAGUGAAACCACCUUUGGAUGUGGUAUGGGGGGGGGCACACUUGAAAUAAUAAUCAUGAAAGCCUGGUUUCGUAGAAAUAAGUCAAGAAUUUCUUAAUGUAAUACAGGCGGUAGAAGUCCCCUCCAGUCCCCUUCUUUGAACUAUAAUUAGUAUAAUGACCUGAUAAUUUCAUAUUUCUGGAGUGUGGUUGCCGUGUGUGUGUUACUUUUAUGGUUUGUAGGAUUACUACCUAUAUCAACAUCUAGUGUGAGGAAGCCUUUUUCCUAGACUACCGUAUUCCCCAGGGUCUGGCUCGUUAAAAUGAUAAAGAAUCGAGUCAAUCCGAUACAGCCAGGAUUAAUGGUUGUAAUCCAGGUGAAA